GCUAAGAUGAGUUACUUUUGUUUGGAAAUGAAAUCCUCAGAAGUACCUUCAAAGGUAUUACCUCCUUUUUACAGAUGAGGAAGGGAGACUGAGAGGUUAGGUACCUUGUUCCUGGACCUGCAGCGAGUAAAUGGCAGAGCUGGGAUUUGAACCCAGUAUGUUGACUUUAAAGUUUGUACUCUUUUCACCAGAUUUCAGUCUCCUUAUCUCUAAAGUUGUGAACUCUGUAAUUUCUCAAGAUCCACCGAGCUUCCCAAAACUACAUGGCCCCAAAUUACGUCAGAAGACCUUGAUUCUAAUUUUCGUUAGUCACUAGCUCUUUAGUUUCCCUAUUUCUAGAAAGGAAGUUGUAUUAGACAUCAUUAUACCCAUUCAGUUUUUGAAAUGUGUGAUUUAGUGAUUAGGAUAUACUCUGCUGAAGUUUUUCAAUAAUAGUACAGGGGGAGUAGUAUUAGAUUUAGUAGACCUGGGUUCUGGUAUCAGCUCUGCAAAUAACUUAAUCUUCCCAUCACUCAAUUUUAUCAAUAAAAUUAGAGUAAUCUUUAUCCAACCUACCUCAUAAGAUUAUGAGGAUCAAGAAUGAAAGAGACUUGAAAAUUCUGUGUCAUAAAUUACCUUUUGCAAGGAAAAUGUUCUGGCAUCAGAAAGAGUAGAAGAUGAAAAACAAAUGGUGAUAAGCAGCAGCAGUGAGUGCAAUCCCUUGCUGCAAGAACCCAUUGCCUCUGCUCAGUGUGGUGGUGCUGAAAUGACAGAAUGCCAUAAGUCUGUCCCAUGUGGAUGGGAAAGAGUUGUGAAGCAAAGGUUAUCUGGAAAAACAGCCGGAAGAUAUGAUGUAUAUUUUAUCAGCCCACAAGGACUAAAGUUCAGAUCCAAAAGUUCACUUGCUAAUUAUCUUCACAAAAAUGAAGAGACGUCUCUUAAACCAGAGGACUUUGAUUUUACUGUACUGUCUAAAAGGGGCGUCAAGUCAAAAUAUAAAGACUGCAGCACGGCAGCUCUGACAUCCCAACUGCAAAAUGAAAGCAGCAUUUCAAACCGGAACCUCAGGACAAGAAGCAGGUGGAAAAAAGAUGUGUUUCCUCUGCCAGGUGGUAGUUUGGAAUCCCAAGAGAGCAGGGAACUAUCUAACUCCACUGCCAUGCAUUUGCUUUUGAAAGAAGGUGACGGUGUUACUGAUGUUGACUCCAGAAAGGUUAGGAAGUCCAAAGGGAAGAUGACUACUUUGAAAGGAGUUCACAUUAAGAAAACUAAAACAGGGUGCCUGAAGAGUUUUCCAGAUCCUGUGCAAAGUAAGAGAAAAAGAGAAUCUGUGCAUAAUAAGGCAGAAGCUGAAAGUGAGCCUGUUGCACAAGAAAGUCAGCUUGAUAGAACUUUAUGCAUUUCUGAUUCCAGAGCAAGCAACAAGACCGUCAAUGUGACCAAGGAAGAAACGAGACUCGUAAAAGAAAAAUCACUGAGUUCGGGAUCAAAUUUUAGUUUUGAACAAAUAACUUCUGGCAUCAUAAACAAAUUAUGUUCGACCAAAGAAGCAGAACACAGGUGUGAGAAUACCUUUUUAGAAUCUGAGGAAAUAACAAAAGUAGAAGUUGGGGAAAGGAAGGAACCUUUGCAUGUUGACAGUUUAGAAUGUGGCUCUGAAAUGGACAGCAACUGCUCACAAACUGAGAAAGAUUCCACUUCUGUGAAAAUAUGUCAAGAAGACAUCAUCCCACGGACACAAGUAGAGAAAAGGAAAACAAGCCUAUAUUUUUCCAGCAAAUACAACAAAGAAGCUCUUAGCCCCCCACGUCGCAAAGCCUUUAAGAAGUGGACACCUCCUCGGUCACCUUUUAAUCUUGUCCAGGAAACACUUUUUCACGAUCCAUGGAAGCUCCUCAUCGCGACGAUAUUUCUCAAUCGCACCUCAGGUAAAAUGGCAAUUCCUGUGCUUUGGGAGUUUCUGGAGAAGUAUCCUUCAGCUGAGGUAGCAAGAACUGCAGACUGGAGAGAUGUGUCAGAACUUCUUAAACCUAUUGGUCUCUACGAACUUCGAGCAAAAACCAUUAUCAAGUUCUCAGAUGAGUAUCUGACGAAGCAGUGGAGAUACCCAAUUGAGCUUCAUGGGAUUGGCAAAUACGGCAAUGACUCCUACCGAAUUUUUUGCAUCAAUGAGUGGAAGCAGGUGCACCCUGAAGACCAUAAGUUAAAUAAAUAUCAUGACUGGCUUUGGGAAAAUCAUGAAAAAUUAAGUCUGUCUUAAAAACUCUGUGAUGUUUUAAAACUCACUUUUUAUAUAUUGCUUUGACUCUUCAGAGCUCCAUUAAGCCAACCAACUAUGUUUCCAGGUAUACAGGUUUUAAUCAGCCCAACUAGAAACCUAAUUCUUAAUGUGUGUGUCACUGGUAGAUCUUUACUACUGAACGUGCUAUAACAUGUUUUGAGAUUUCUUUAAAAAAUAAAUUGUGAUUUGACAACAAUCCUAAAAA